AGCCAAGCCGAGCCCGCGGGCGGCGACAUGGCGCACAGACAUGGCGUGCGGUUGGCGCGGGUGGUACCACAGACCACAGUGGGUGGUACGGGACUCGGGAGGAGUUGGUGGAGUGGCAGCGGUAGCGGGCUGCCGUGCCAGGGGCGUGGGGGUGUCCUUCUCCUUGCUUUCUAAACCUAUUUUCCCAGAAAGUGUGCGUGGCGAGCGUGAAAGCCUGCCCAAAAGUGUCGGGUGGCUCAUCAUGCCGUCGUUCUGCUCGGCGGUCGGCUGUCGGAACACCGGCGGACGCGACGAUGUAGUUUUCCACCACUUCCCGCGACAAAAGCAGCUCUUAGCUCAGUGGGUCUCUGCAGUAAAGAGAGCCAACUUCACGCCCUCACCAACAGCUGUGCUUUGUUCCGAUCAUUUUCGGGACAGCGACUAUUACCAGAACGUCUCGCUUAUGCGUCGACUGGGGCUCUCUGUCAAAUCAGCCAGACUAAAACCCGGCGCCGUCCCUUCGAUUUUUGACCACACAAAGAGCAAGCCACCGAGGGAAGCUUUCACUAAUAGGACGAGGCGUGAGAUUCUUGAGGAGUUGCUAAAGGCUUCGGCUCCCACUGAAACUGUCCCAGCACCUUCAGGAAGCCAAGACCACACAGCAGCCGAUUUGACGUCGGCACACGCUGUCGAAGUGUCCAAAGCAGCCUGUCAAUGUCCCACGACUACAGACACGCCUGCAACUAAUUUGAUGCCGACAGAGGCUGUCAGAUUUUCCGACGUGGUCCGUUGGUCUCCAGUAGCUACAACUGAUGCGACAUCGAAUGGUGCUGUCAAAGUGUUUAAAAUAGUUUACCAGGGUCUAGUAACUGCAGACAAGUGUAUCCAAGUGGCAGUGCAUCCAGCAACACGAUGCAAGGCUUUACAAGUGGUUGCAAGGACAGGCAUGCCAUCGAAAUCGGCUCAAACGCAACCUCAAGGCGUUUCUGUUGGUAUCCAAGUUGAUGGCUCGGAUGACUCUGGCACGGUGUGGCAGCAAGAUUAAUGUGCAACUAAUGUUAAAAACAUGGGAUUUCUCAGCGAAGGAUCGAAACUUUUAUGCCUGCACGAUGCGUGCAGGCUAGCCAUAGUGCUGCAACCAUUGCGGCAGUUGGCAAAUGUUGAUACUCGCGUGUUUACUUUCGUCCAGCCAGAGGUGCCUCAUCACUUUAUGUACACUGUUCACCCCCAGGUGAGACAGUGCAGUGGAAGAUGCACACUCCUGGAACCAGUUGUACGUCCAUCUCUCGCCACAAAAUUGUACUCUCACCAUCAGUGAUGUGCAGAGCGUGUGGUGACGCGAUAAAAGUGAGGCGGUCGAUUGGUUUGGGAAGUGCAUAGCUUCCAUCGCGCUGUCAGCCUAGGGGUGAGCAGUCUGUAGUGUACUUCAUCAGGUUGCGAUUCGCAUGUGCAUGUAGCUUUGCAAAAUGUACAUACCAGUUGAUCGGUCUAGUGCGAGGAAACAUAGAUACUUCCCACUUGUUUGAAGCAGACGUUGUAGCAUGGCCGUCACCCAGGUUUCUUGGUCGUUCUUGAGGCCGGUGCAAUAGGUUCGAACAGAUCAGUUGAAGAAAUAAAGGGGAGAAUCUAAAGCUGGAGUGAAUAUGGGAACUUGCCAAGGCAGCACUGCCUUGGUGAGGAAUAAAACUUGCCAUGUGCUGGACCUUCGCUUGAUUUUUGCACUGCUGUUUGCUUUACAUAAGUAGUUCCACUCCAUAAAUGCAAAACAGACACCAGUAAACACUGCUGGCAGGGGCGGAUUUAGAAGGGGGGUCCGGAUGUUCUGACCCCCCUCUUGAUUUCUGCUUGUGUAAAUUUUAGGGCAUGAAACGAGGGAGAGGGGGAGGGGGUUCCUAAACAAAUGGUACGGUGACCAACACCUGACCCCCCCCUCAGGAAAUUCCUGCAUCCGCCCCUGACUGCUGGUACCAUAGCAAAACGAGCAAACCUCUUUCUAGAAUUACAGGAAUAAAAAGCCUUGAUGUCGUAACAAUCUCUUUGAAGCUUAUCCAAUGACGCCCCUCAGAACCAUCACUGUGGGAACAACUUGCAACAUGCCAUGAAAAAAUCUAGCCGAUUAAUCGCAGCUGCUAGUUAAACAUUGAUUUUGCCGUCUUGUUGACUAAUUCCUCAAAAG